AUGGGAUCAUGUGGUCGAUCUUUAAACCUCUUAUUUCAGUUCUUUUUCGAUCCAGAACUUGAGCGGUGCUUCACUUAUCUCUAUGAAGGAUGCGGUGGUGGAAGGAAUACUUUCUAUACAGAAUCCCAAUGCAGAAAUACCUGUAUUCCAGCCGACAAGUUCACCUGCGGAGGGAACAAGAAACCACGAGGAAGCUGUAGCGACAAGGACAUGAGAUGCCCGUUUGGCAGCACUUGCGUGAUAGGAGCACUAGGAGUGGGACUAUGUUGUGAUAGCGCUAAUGAAAGGCAAUGGGAAUAUGAAAUUCGUCAACCACCCUGUCGUAUCGGUGAAAUACUGAAACGAACUGUAUCUCACGGUGAAGAGGUGUGGAUUGGUAAAAGCUGCGCUCACAGAUUCUGCCCAUACGGCUACGAAUGCGUUCAAGGAAGGCGUGUAGCGCACUGUUGUGGCCCAGUACCAAAUUUCCAAGAAAGAUUGUACAUAGAAGAUGAUAGCUUCAUUAAGCCGCCUGACAUUGGUUUCUACCUCGAAGCGGACGACAACAAAUUCGAAGCAUAUCAAGCGUCACAAGGAUUACAAAGGGAACCGAAAAUGAAUCCGCACUCAUCUAGAUCCGCUUUGGGUCAAUGCCGUCCGAAGUUCACAAGUCUAUGCGGCCUGGCGUAUCGGUGA